AUGUCGAACUUCCCAAAGCUCAUCCCAGCUUUCACAGCUAACAUUGUCAUCGAUGCUCCAGUCACAGUUGGCGCGGUCUCGAAAGGAGCUCCACUCUUCGUCGUUCCGUUCCUCACCGAGAACACCAAUAACUUCUUGAAGUCGGAACCCGAAUACCCAAUUCAGGUUGAUGCAGUUUUCGUGCAUGGGAAUGAUUUUAUCCGUCAGGACCCUUCCGGCCAACAUGUUCGAUUGGAUGUAAACUCCGUCAUGAAAGAUAAGAGCGGAGCUUUUAUCAGCUACAAAUACAGUGGAAUCAUCAAUGUGACGCCUGGUGUUGGUGCAGUUCUCACUGGAGAUGCUUCUGCGAAAACCACACCGUUUGGAGAUGCUUUCACCCAUGUUCUCUUUGAAACAGGAAGUGAAGCGUUGAAAGAUAUCGAGAAGAAGAUUUAUGUUGCGAGUGGCCGGUUUGUUCUCCAGGAGGGAAAGCCCGUCACGGUCGAGUAUAAUAUCAGCGAGGUUGCUGUCUGA